UUUCUGGGGCUUUUCUCACUUCCCCAAUUUGUGCCUCCUCCACUCCUCCAGUUCGCAUCUCGGGUGGGAGGGAUAAGACGCCGAGCGAGGAUCAAAUUUGGGAAAUGAAAUGAAAAAGGUGCGACUAAGUGGUGCAUGACACGUUUCCUCACACAAGACUCCGAGGACGAAUCAGAAAGAGAGCCACAGAAACAGGAGACUGCUUGGAGAAAAGAAAGAGAGGAAGCUGAACUUCCAGGUGUGGGCUCUGCUAUGAAUCAGUGUGAGGACAGAGAGGAGGGAGUCCCUCCCUCUAAAAGCACUCUGUGUGGGGAACAUGACAGCCAGACCAAAGCUCAGAGCCCAGAGCAGCAGCAGGGACCAGACUCUGCUGGACCUGGACCUGGACCCAGCUGUGUGUCCAUCAAGUGUGACUGGUCUAUGGACAAAGCCAUUGUCUUCAAAGGUGGACCCCACUCUGCUGGACCUGGACCUGAACCCAGCUGUGUGUCCAUCAAGAGUGACUGGUCUAUGGACAAAGCCAUUGUCUUCAAAGGUGGACACCACGCUGCUGGACCUGGACUUGAACCCAGCUGUGUGUCCAUGAAGAGUGACCGGUCUAUGGACAAAGCUAUUGUCUUCAAAGGUGGACACCACUCUGCUGGACCUGGACUUGAACCCAGCUGUGUGUCCAUGAAGAGUGACCGGUCUAUGGACAAAGCCAUUGUCUUCAAAGGUGGACACCACUCUGCUGGACCUGGACCUGAACCCAGCUGUGUGUCCAUGAAGAGUGACCGGUCUAUGGACAAAGCUAUUGUCUUCAAAGGUGGACACCACUCUGCUGAUCAAAGGAUCCAUCGGCAGAGACCAGAUUCUCCUGGACCCAGCUGUGUGUCCGUGAACAGCGACCGUCAUGUCCCUGUUCACUUCAAAGCUGGACAUAAUGAUGCUGAACAAAAAGUUGAUGAGCAGAGCUCAGAGGUUCCCAGUGGUCAGUCUGCCCAGCAGCAUCAAACAGACCUGGACUCCAUAUUUAUGCUGCUCCAGGAAAACAUUGGCAGGUUUGUGAAGAACGAGGUGAAGAAGUUCCAGAGAGUUCUGAGUCCAGAUUACCCAGCAUGCUUAGGGAGGGAGGAGGAGGAGGUGUUGGACGGUGAGGAGGAGGAGCAGAGGAGGAGCAGCAGAGAGGCAUUUCUGAAGAUCACACUGCACUUCCUGAGGAGAAUGAAGCAGGAGGAGCUGGCUGAGCGUCUGCAGAGCAGAACUGUUGCUGCAGUGUGCCGACGUAAACUCAAGUGUAACCUGAAGAAGAAGUUCCAGUGUGUGUUUGAGGGGAUUGCUAAAGCAGGAAACCCAACCCUUCUGAACCAGAUCUACACAGAGCUCUACAUCACAGAGGGAGGGACUGCAGAGGUCAAUGAUGAACAUGAGGUCAGACAGAUUGAAACAGCAUCCAGGAAACCAGACAGACCAGAAACAACCAUCAGACAAGAAGACAUCUUUAAAGCCUCACCUGGAAGAGAUGAACCAAUCAGAACAGUGAUGACAAAGGGAGUGGCUGGCAUUGGGAAAACAGUCUUAACACAGAAGUUCACUCUGGACUGGGCUGAAGACAAAGCCAACCAGGACAUACAGUUCACAUUUCCAUUCACUUUCAGAGAGCUGAAUGUGCUGAAAGAGAAAAAGUACAGCUUGGUGGAACUUGUUCAUCACUUCUUUGCUGAAACCAAAGAAGCAGGAAUCUGCAGCUUUGAAGAGUUCCAGGUUGUGUUCAUCUUUGACGGUCUGGAUGAGUGUCGACUUCCUCUGGACUUCCACAACAAUGAGGUCCUGACUGAUGUUACAGAGUCCACCUCAGUGGAUGUGCUGCUGACAAACCUCAUCAGGGGGAACCUGCUUCCCUCUGCUCGCCUCUGGAUAACCACACGACCUGCAGCAGCCAAUCAGAUCCCUCCUGAGUGUGUUGACAUGGUGACAGAGGUCAGAGGGUUCACUGACCCACAGAAGGAGGAGUACUUCAGGAAGAGGUUCAGAGAUGAGGAGCAGGCCAGCAGAAUCAUCUCCCACAUCAAGACAUCACGAAGCCUCCACAUCAUGUGCCACAUCCCAGUCUUCUGCUGGAUCACUGCUACAGUUCUGGAGGAGGUGUUGAAGACCAGAGAGGGAGGAGAGCUGCCCAAGACCCUGACUGAGAUGUACAUCCACUUCCUGGUGGUUCAGUCCAAACUGAAGAACGUCAAGUAUGAUGGAGGAGCUGAGACAGAUCCACACUGGAGUCCAGAGAGCAGGAAGAUGAUUGAGUCUCUGGGAAAACUGGCUUUUGAGCAGCUGCAGAAAGGAAACCUGAUCUUCUAUGAAUCCGACCUGACAGAGUGUGGCAUUGAUAUCAGAGCAGCCUCAGUGUACUCAGGAGUGUUCACACAGAUCUUUAAAGAGGAGAGAGGGCUGUACCAGGACAAGGUGUUCUGCUUCGUCCAUCUGAGCGUUCAGGAGUUUCUGGCUGCUCUUCAUGUCCAUCUGACCUUCAUCAACUCUGGUGUCAAUCUGCUGGCAGAAAAACAAUCAACCUCCUGUCGUUCUAAAGUCUUCAAAAACAAACCUGAAUUAACACAUCUCUACCAGAGUGCUGUGGACAAGGCCUUACAGAGUCCAAAUGGACACCUGGACUUGUUCCUCCGCUUCCUCCUGGGUCUUUCACUGCAGACUAAUCAGACUCUCCUACGAGGUCUGCUGACACAGACAGGAAGUUGCUCAAAGACCAAUCAGAAAACAGUUGAGUACAUCAAGAAGAAGAUCAGUGAGAAUCUGUCUCCAGAGAGAAGCAUCAAUCUGUUCCACUGUCUGAAUGAACUGAAUGAUCGUUCUCUAGUGGAGCAGAUCCAACAGUCCCUGAGUUCAGGAAGUCUCUCCACAGAUAAACUCUCUCCUGCUCAGUGGUCAGCUCUGGUCUUCAUCUUACUGUCAUCAGAAAAAGAUCUGGAUGUGUUUGACCUGAAGAAAUACUCUGCUUCAGAGGAGGCUCUUCUGAGGCUGCUGCCAGUGGUCAAAGCCUCCAACAAAGCUCUGUAGGUGGAUAAAUGGAUGUGCAAUUUCUAAAACUGUAUAUUUGACAAAUAAAACAUUCAGUUUGUGUUCAUUGCUAAUCCUUUUUCAGGUUGAGUGGCUGUAACCUCUCAGAGAGAAGCUGUGAAGCUCUGUCCUCAU